AUGGAAAUGGUUCCUUUUGGAUCAAUACUUGCUUUUGCUUUGGCAAAACAUAAUCCUACAAAUCUUGUCGAUUAUGAUUGGAAAUGUCAAAACGACGGUGUUUAUAUUGGUGGUGAUGUUUGCAAUUGUAAACCAUAUUUCUAUGGAAUUGUUUGCGAGAAUCGAAUCUGUAUGAAUGGUGGACACAAUUAUGGCAAUGAUCCGACACAGAGAUGCGUUUGUCCUCCCGGGUUCAUUGGGAGACAUUGUGAACCAAGAUCAUGCUCUGGUGAUGGGAAAACCUUGAGAACUUUUGAUCCAAGAGACAAUUCGAUGAGAAGUGUCUCCUAUGUGCUCUCGUGGACAAAUGAUAUAGCAAAAAAAGCACAAGGGAAUCCAAAUGAUCAAGUGAUUCAUGGAAUUUGUUCUGUUUUUGAUCAAGGAAUUGCUGAGGUUUAUAUCUAUAUAGCUCCAGGAGUUAGCAGCAAGAGAUUCGAACAGAAAACUGAUUGUGAUGCUUUUCUCAAAGAGAUUCUGGGAAAAUGUUCGAAUAAUGGGAUUUGUGAAUUGACAACAAUCAAAGGAGAAUAUAUUCAAAAAGCGAUUAGCGAGUCUUUUUCUAAUUCACCGGUUUUUAUCAUUGGUAACACAAAUCUCACAACAAGUGAAUAUCAAAUGGAAAACAUUGUACAAUUAGCUAUUUCCCUUGGAAUUACGAUUAAUACAUUGCUUUUCUCUCCAUCGGGCAUUAAUGAUUUAUCAAUUUAUCAAACAAAUGGCUUUAAAGAAUAUGGAGAAUUAGCUGAGAAAACUGGUGGUUGUUAUAUAACUUCUUAUGAUACAAAAGAGAGGAAAUUGAUUGGAAAAAAUAACAUUGCUGAGUCUUUGUCAUCAGUUUUUGAUCUAAUGACAACAAGAAAGCCAAUCUUCCGAGAUCCUUCAGGCUCAAUUACUCUUUAUUCUUCUGAUAACAUUAUCUAUUUUCAUUUUACGAUGAGUGAUCUCGAAACUCUACCCGAUUACACCUUUCAACUCAUUUCCCCAUCACCAUCUGAAAUGACAUGGGAUCAACUCGAGAAUGUUCUUGAUACUGGAUUUGAAAAGAUCUAUAAAUAUCCAUUUCCUGAUAGCGCUAAAGAUUCAAAGAUUUCUGUAUUACUGCAAAAGAAAAAUGAUUCGAUGACGAGGCUUAAAAUUUACGGGAAACCUUCAUUUCCUUUAUCUGUGGGAGUCUCAACAGCUGAUCAAGUUGAUUCAUCUCAUCCACAUGCUGUUCCAAUCAAAGAUUUGAAUGGUCCAUCACUUUUGGUUAGUGCUGGUGAAGGGAUUUCAUUGAUUCAAUCGAAUCUAAUGAAUAAUUGGAUAAUCGAGAGUGUAAGCAAUUCAACGAGAAACUUCAAAUGUUUGUAUGAGAGUGUGAUUGGAAGGGUGAAACAAUGCGAGAAUGGCACAAUCAACUGGCUUUUGUUGACUCAAAACUCAAUUGGAAGCACCGGACUUGUGCCAUUGUAUUGUGGAGAUGCGAUUUAUGAAUCAAGCAAUAAUCUGAUUCAUUUCAAAGAAGAGAACAUAGAUCAAAUGGAGAUUGUGAUGAAUGCUGAGAAAGCUCAAGAGAAUUUUGCUUUUGAAGAGAUUUGUCAACAUGGAUCACUGUACAAGAACGCAUGUGCUUGUAAUAUUGGUUGGAUUGGUGCCUCUUGUGAUGUGCCCGAUUGUCAGAAUGAUGGCAAAGUAAAUGCAGGAGGGACUUGUGAUUGUCCUAAUUGGACAAGUGGUCUUUUCUGUGAAAAAAUUCUAAACUCGACUUGUGAUCCGGUAAACACGUUUGCUGAAUGGCGCUCACAAAUCGGUUCUCUUAUCUUUGUCAUCGAGGAAUCUCUCGACGUGCAGAUCAAUGUGCAAAGUUGGAUUGAUUCGCUCAAAGGAAUGAAUCGAUUAGCUUUAACGAAUUCGUUUCAAGCUUCACAAAUCGUUCUUGUAACUUACUCGGAUUUGUUGGUUACCGCGAGAUUCGCAAGCAAUGAUCCACGUGGAAUUGUUCGAGCAUUUCAAGACAUUCAAUGGAUCGAGAAAAUGAAUGGAGAGAAACAAGAAGAGGCUUUGAUAACUGGAUUGCAAUUACAGACAACUGAUCGAUCUUUUCUCAUCUGGAUUACUUCUUCAUUUCAAAAUGAUUCCUCUUCAAAAAGCGAUAUUCAAAAGAAACUUUUCAAAAAGAUUUCCGAUCAAAGAGCUGAUUUGAGAAUUUAUACAACAAAACAGACUAAAACUCAUUCACUUUUGAAUCAAUUCAAAUCACCAACAUGGCUUUAUAUUCCGACAAUGACUUCAAAAGUUUUCAUCUCCACACAAUCACUCACUCCAAUUAUCAACCCAGCAGAUUCUUACAUCUUGGAAGAAAUCGAUUCCAGCAUUUUUUCGAUUAAUGCUACUGAUCUUGGCGGAAAUCAUUUAAGCAUCACUUUUACGGCAGAUCUUGAUGCAACUAUGUGCAGUUAUUCAAUUGAAACGCUCAAUGUUGAACAAAUCGCUUAUGGAGUGACGGAUGAGUUGAUGAAAGAGGCAGAUAUGGGCAAUUCAAUGAUGCCAAAUGGCGAUCACUGGCUGAACAUUCGAUGGAGUGGAAUUGAUGAGUACCGUCAGUACACAUUUGAUGCGAAUGAUGUA